AUGGAGAAAUCCUCGCCGAGAUUUCACCCAGACCACCGGAAUUACGCCCAGUCGCCGCACUCCCUCCUUCCUUCUCCGAACAGCAGCAGCAGCAGUAGCAACAGCAGCAGCAGCCCUUCCUCCAACGGCCUCCACCAGCACAGAGCGGGGGCGGCUGCCCAGCCGCCGCCGACGCCUCCUCCGCCGCAGCCAAAUCCAAUAGCCAGAUCCGAAUCGGCUAACCCGUACCCGACGACCUUCGUCCAGGCCGACACCUCUUCAUUCAAGCAGGUCGUCCAAAUGCUGACGGGAUCUCCGAAAUCGGCCGCCGCGGCCGCCACCGGCGGCGGCCCAUCCCCGCCCAACCAACAACCCGACCACCACCACCACCACCAGGUGAAAUCCCAUUCCCACACCAUCCCGCCGAUCAAAUCGAUUCCCAAGAGGAACCAGCCCUCCGGGUUCAAGCUCUACGAGCGGCGGAACUCCCUGAAGAAUCUGAAAAUCAACCCGCUCAACCCGUUCCUCGCCCCGCCCGGACCCGGAUCCGGAUUCUCGCCCCGGAAGCCCGAGAUCCUCUCCCCCAGCAUCCUCGACUUCCCGGCGCUCGUGCUCAGCCCCGUCACCCCCUUGAUACCCGACCCGUUCGACCGAUCCGGCGCCGCGAAUCACCACCACCACCAUCACUAUAAUCACAACAGCAACGGCGGAGCGAAUAAUUCGGGCGGUGCCAGCGUGAUGGAGGCCGACUCGGAGGAGAAGGCGAUUAAGGAGAAGGGAUUCUACCUGCACCCGUCACCGGCGACGACGCCGAGGGAGGCGGAGCCGCCGCGGCUGCUGCCGCUUUUCCCGGUGACGUCGCCCCGAGUCUCUUCUUCUACAGGUUCAGCUACCCUGGAAUAA